AAGUUCUUAUUGAUUCAGGAACCGCCCAAAACAUCUACUCUAGGUAAUUAUUCGAUGAGAUUUCCUUACUCUUGACAUUUCUCAAGACCACAAGGAGCAUCACCCAGGAGGUAUAUCUUCACGAUGGAAGAUCCAGUGCAUGAAAUCUCCACCGUAAUAGGCCUAUUGGUCCAAUCAACUCCUGCUCUCCAGAAGCAAACGAUUGAGCGGUUCUUCACGCCCGAUGCUGAAUUCACUCAUCCGUUCUGUCGGACAUGGAGCUGGUUCGGGAGCAGGUUGCUGAUCAUCAAGGUCUACCAGGCGUACAAGAUAAUGUCGCCGCGGAUCGAGUAUGAGGUUAAGAGCGUGGCUUUCGAUAAGGAACACAUGAAACUCUACGUCACGCUCUCUCAGAUAUUCUCCAUCUGGAUUGUUCCCUUCUACGUUGCGCCAGUGACUCUGACGAGUGUACUCACUCUGACGAACUACCCUUACAGUUCGUCUUCAGAUACCCCGGAAUCUCAAAAGGAAGACCGCAAGCUGUAUUAUAUCAAGUCGCAAGAGGAUCUCUAUCAGACGUCGGAAUUUAUUAAAUUCGUGGUUCCGUACGGUAUCGGAUUUACGAUCGUUCUGCUGUGGCAGACUUUCGCUACACUUUUUUGUAGCGUUUGUGCUGUCAUUUUAUCUCCGAUCCUCUGGCUGGAGGAGACGGGUCGUUUCCCAAUACGACGUGGGAAUAUUGCUUACGAUACGGGCAGGAAAUUGCCAGAGAUGAGGAGGCCUCUAUAGCAAGCCUUUCGAGAAGGAAUGCUCAGUAAAACUUUAGCAAUUUGUAUAUACGCGCAGCUAUCCAUAUAUUGUCAGGAACAUAGUACAUGUACACUACAUU